CUGAUUUUUUAGGAUACAGCUGCUUACUUUUCUACAGAUUUCAUAUUAAUGAACUUAAGGUUUUAAAUAUGGCAUUCAUACCAUUACAGGUGCCAGGGUAUAUUUACAAGGAAACAUACAAAGAAAAAUCUUUACUGGACCAGAAAAAAAAGUUGUCCUGUGCAUUGAUCUGUUCAUGCUCUAAAUUUUGUGGGGCUUUUUUUAGCACUGUAGUGAAGUGAGAUUAAUGAAGAAAUGUGAUCACCCAAGCGGCUUCCUACCUAUUGACUGUGUAAAUUUUUUGCAGUGAUUCCUGUGGAAGUCAGAGAGGCAAAAAAGAACUUACCUCAGAAAAAAAACACUUAGACUGAACAAUUCUUCACAUACUUAAGAAUUUAUUAAUUUUCUUCUCAUUAUCUUGACCUAAUUUACUUAUAUUGGGCCCGUGACUCUGUAGACCUAUCUGAGACUCAUUACCAACCACAGGAAAAGAAAAUGGAAACAUGGAAGUCCAGAAUAGAAGACUGACAGCUGUGGAAGAUUGUGUUUUGAUUCCAUCAUUAAAUAGAAGGAAUUAUUUUAAAUUUUGGGGGCAUUAUUUUAAAAGAGGUAUUCAGCAUUAUUUUUACAUGUAGAAAAUAGUGAUGCCUCUUCAAAUUUAAAGUCUUCCUUGAACAGUGAGUGAUUUUUUGGGUUAUUCGUGAUUGAUUGUAAAUACUUUUCUAAAUGUAAUAUUCAAACCUUUUUUAUUUGUUUGGUCUGGCUUACUUAUGAGGUUAGCCCUGAGAGGAAAAUUAAGACCGCUUUAGUGUGAGGAAACUGGUUUGUUGUUAAGCUAAGACAGUAAUGAUUUUUUAUCUUCUUGUUACAGAUAAGCUAGUAUUACCUUCCUUGUGAUUCAGGCAUUAUCUUGAAAAGCAGCUGCACAAUUAUGGGUUUCUAUCUGAAGGUGUCAGUAAUGUAACAUGAUAAAUCUUUUUUUCUGGUUCCAGUGUGACUUUGUCCUGAAAACCUCUAGGCCACAAUUUAACUCUUCACUGUAAGAAGUAGUGUUGAUCUCUAUUUGGGGUAUUCUUUUUUAAGGGUUUGGUUUAGAUACAUCUCUGGUCUCUAUAAAUGGUAAACGAUGGCAAUAAAAUUAGUUUUUUUGGUUUAUGUAGUUUCCAGAAAAGAAGUGAAACCUUUCCCCUGAGGCCAACAUCAGAAAUCAUUGUUUAGUUUGGAUUUUCUCAAUAGUUUACAAAAGUGGGUAUAAUGUAGUGAUGUUAUGCUAAUCUAUAUCCUGGACAUUUCCUGGAAAAUGAAAUCCUGUGACUUGAUUCAUCCUCUAAAUUCUCUUCCAAGGCUCAGAGACUAACAGUGGGCUGGAAGGAGGCAUUUUCCAUGUAGAGAGUGUCUUAUUCAUACAAGCUUACUACCUUCUCUCACCAUGGAAGUGUUCCAGCAUCAGCUACUCAGUCUUGUUGGGGCUCUGAUCUGUUUCUGUACUCUGAUAAAAUGCAUCAGAUUCAUGAGGACUUUUCCAUAUGUCUGAAGUUCUUUGCCUUAGAUUUUCUUUCAGUCAAUGGGAGAAUGGGCAGUUGUCACAGGAGCAUGAGAUGGGAUUGGAAAAGCAUAUUCCUUCGACCUGGCAAGAGGUGAAUUAACUAUAGUGAUGAUAAGGAGAACUUUUGAAAAAAUGAAUUUGGUAAGCAUUUUUACAGAGCUGGCCACAGAUCAAAAGGUGAAGGUUAUACAAGCUGAUUUCACUAAAAAUUCAGUAUACAAGAACAUUGAAAAAGAUCUGAAGGACUUGGAUACUGCUGUUCUGGUUAGCAAUGUUGGAAUGCUUCACAAUCCUAUUCCAUGCCAUUUCCUUAAUGGACCAAACAUAGAAGAAUUAGGAUUAUUCUGUAGAUUUCAUCUUCAAAUGUAUCAGAAAGUUCUAAUUCUGAAUCUGUCCUCUGGUCUGAGUACUUUCCCUUGUCCAUUAUAUACAACGUACUCAGCUACUAAGGCUCAUUUAUGUACACUUCUACAACCACUGCAAGCAGAGUAUAAGGCAAAGGGAAAUAUCAUACAGAUACUGAUUCCUUAUGGUGUUUCUGCUCCAAUGUACCAAAACCCUUUUGUUAUUACAAAGACAGCAAAAGAGUUUCUUAGUGAAUCACUGGAGUAUAUCACCUUUGGAGAUGAGAUUUUUGGAUGUUUCACCCGUGAAAUUUUGAUUGAAUUUGGGUGUGUGUAAAUGUCUUCCAAAGACUCCAGCCAAGUCUGUCUGGGCUCAGCCUGCUCUUUUCACUUUUUUGUAGACCUUGGAUAUUAAAUGAGAAAGAGACAAUCGGUUGUUGGAGCUAAUAUGGCACCAGUAAAAUAUGAAGAGAGGAAUACAUAAGUAAAACGUAGUGGUUACAGCACAGUAUGGUUUUCUCUGCUCAUGAGCCUUGAGUGAGCUUAGUUUCAUGUCUGGUUAGUCUUUGUCCUCCCUCCAGCUGCCUGUUUUCAUGACCUUGCUAAGGAAUUUUCCAAGACCUCUACUCCUUCAGAAAAAUUGGCCAGCAAUUUCAAAAGUUUUUAGUGGGGGAGAGGAAGGACAUAAAACCUGAAUGUACUAUCACAAAGACAUCAUUUCCUUGGAUACCAUGCUAACAAAAUAGAGUAAAUAUUUAUACACAGCAGCUGUUAAUGAUGAGCAUUAAAUGAAAUUGUAAGAAAGGCGACAGAUUUGCUGAAAGCACAGGAAUUAACAUUUUCCUCCAAGAGAAACGUGGUUACUUAAAGCCUGAAGUAAAAGCUUUUGUGGGCCUCAUAUAGGCUCUAAGAAAUUUAUAUUACCAUUUUGACAUAAUCUUAAA